AAAACAUCACUGGCUCAGUCAAUGGGACUGUCAUUCAGUGUAAAUUUAGCGUGCCAGCAGUUAAUGCAACAACCAGGACCAGUCACCACCUUCGCCACCUUCCUCGCUGUGGGAAAUAUCACAAACGGUAUGGGUAUUGGUGACAUCAACAUACGCUUGACCAAAAAGCCGUUGAACCUGGCUGACCCUACCAGCAACGUUGCAACAACGUCAGUCCCAACAACAGCAGGCAGCAGCGCACUCACAUUCCAAGCUGUGAUUGUCCUGCUCAGUGUGCUGAUGUAUCGUCUUUCCUGAAGAGAACCUGAAGGUUAGCCAGCAUCAACACCAAUGGAAAGAUAACCCUUUUACCCUAAAUAUUUGAAGGAAAAUUGACUCAGUAUCUCAGAUGAAUUACUGUUAAUGUGGGAUCUUGGUCAUUUAAAUGUGUAUGAAUGGGAACAAUUAGAAAGUACGUAUGCUACAGUAAAAGGAAUUAAUUGGUUGAUAAUGUACAGUUGAAGUCAGAAGUCUACAUACACCUUAGCCAAAUACAUUUAAAAUACACCUUAGGUCAAUUAGGAUCACCACUUUAUUUUAAGAACGUGAAAUGUCAGAGUAAUAGACCCUGGGUCUCGACCCCGCCCUGUGCAACUGGGUCCUGGACUUCCUGACGGGCCGCCCCCAGGUGGUGAGGGUAGGUAACAACAUCUCCACCCCGCUGAUCCUCAACACUGGGGCCCCACAAGGGUGCGUUCUGAGCCCUCUCCUGUACUCCCUGUUCACCCACGACUGCGUGGCCAUGCACGCCUCCAACUCAAUCAUCAAGUUUGCGGACGACACUACAGUGGUAGGCUUGAUUACCAACAACGACGAGACGGCCUACAGGGAGGAGGUGGGGGCCCUCGGAGUGUGGUGUCAGGAAAAUAACCUCACACUCAACGUCAACAAAACAAAGGAGAUGAUUGUGGACUUCAGGAAACAGCAGAGGGAGCACCCCCCUAUCCACAUCGACGGGUCAGUAGUGGAGAAGGUGGAAAGUUUUAAGUUCCUCGGUGUACACAUCACGGACAAACUGAAUUGGUCCACCCACACAGACAGCGUUGUGAAGAAGGCGCAGCAGCGCCUCUUCAACCUCAGGAGGCUGAAGAAAUUCGGCUUGUCACCAAAAGCACUCACAAACUUCUACAGAUGCACAAUCGAGAGCAUCCUGUCGGGCUGUAUCACCGCCUGGUACGGCAACUGCUCCGCACACAACCGUAAGGCUCUCCAGAGGGUAGUGAGGUCGGCAGAACGCAUCACCCGGGGCAAACUACCUGCCCUCCAGGACACCUACACCACCCGACGUCACAGGAAGGCCAUAAAGAUCAUCAAGGACAACAACCACCCAAGCCACUGCCUGUUCACCCCGCUAUCAUCCAGAAGGCGAGGUCAGUACAGGUGCAUCCAAGCAGGGACCGAGAGACUGAAAAACAGCUUCUAUCUCAAGGCCAUCAGACUGUUAAACAGCCACCACUAACAUUUAGCGGCCGCUGCCAACAAACUGACUCAGCUCCAGCCACCUUAAAAAUGGGAAUUGAUGGAAAUUAUGUAAAAAUGUACCACUAGCCACUUUAAACUAUGCCACCUAAUAUGUUUACAUACCCUACAUUACACAUCUCUUAUGUAUAUGUAUAUACUGUACUCUAUAUCAUCUACUGCAUCUUGCCAUCUUAUGUAAUACAUGGACCACUAGCCACUUUAAACUAUGCCACUUUAUGUUUACAUACCCUACAGUACUCAUCUCAUAGGUAUAUACCGUACUCUAUACCAUCUACUGCACCUUGCCUAUGCCGUAUGUACCAUCACUCAUUCAUAUAUCUUUAUGUACAUAUUCUUUACCCCUUUACACUUGCGUGUAUAAGGUAGUAGUUGCGGAAUUGUUAGGUUAGAUUACUUGUUGUUAUUACUGCAUUGUCGGAACUAGAAGCACAAGCAUUUCGCUACACUCGCAUUAACAUCUGCUAACCAUGUGUAUGUGACUAAUAAAAUUUGAUU